AUGUCAAGGCAUCAGUCUAAAGGGCAUGACAUUAGUUGUCAUGCUAAGAAAAGAAAUCCUGGAAAAAAAGAAGAAAAGAAGAAGCCAGUAACAAAAAAAGCAGCUGAGAAUGAGAAUACAAAUAACAAUAACAAAAAGAACGAGAAGAAGAAAGGACAGGUAAAGAAGACUGAGGAAGAAGAUGAGGAUGAUGAUGACGAGGAUGAGGAUGACGAAGAUGAGGAUGAUGAUGACGAAGAUGAGGAUGAUGAAGAAGAUGGCACUUGUCCCCCACAUAGCGACUAUCAUACACAACCUUUGCAACAAAUCCCAGAACACAAAGCUUGUAACAAAUACUGGAACACAAAGCUUGCAACACAUCCUGGAACACAAAGCUUGCAACACAUCCCAGAACACAAAGCUUGUAACAAAUCCCAGAACACAAAGUUUGCAACCAUUCUCAGAACACAAAGCUUGCAAAAAUUCUCAGAACACAAAGCUUACAAAAAUUCUCAGAACACAAAGCUUGUAACAAAUCCUGGAACACAAAGCUUGCAACAAAUCCCAGAACACAAAGUUUGCAACCAUUCUCAGAACACAAAGCUUACAAAAAUUCUCAGAACACAAAGCUUGCAACAAAUCCCAGAACACAAAGCUUGCAACAAAUCCCAGAACGCAAAGCUUGCAACAAAUCCCAGAACACAAAGUUUGCAACCAUUCUCAGAACACAAAGCUUGCAAAAAUUCUCAGAACACAAAGCUUACAAAAAUUCUCAGAACACAAAGCUUGCAACAAAUCCCAGAACGCAAAGCUUGCAACAAAUCCCAGAACACAAAGUUUGCAACCAUUCUCAGAACACAAAGCUUGCAAAAAUUCUCAGAACACAAAGCUUACAAAAAUUCUCAGAACACAAAGCUUGCAACAAAUCCCAGAACACAAAGCUUGCAACACAUUCCAGAACACAAAGCUUGCAACAAAUCCCAGAAUACAAAGCUUCGCAACAUAUUCCAGAACACAAAGCUUCGCAACAUAUUCCAGAACACAAAGCUUGCAACAUAUUCCAGAACACAAAGCUUGCAACAUAUUCCAGAACACAAAGCUUGCAACAAAUCCCAGAACACAAUGCUUGCAACAAAUCCCAGAACACAAAGCUUGCAACAUAUUCCAGAACACAAUGCUUGCAACCAACCCCAAAACACAAAGCUUGCAACAUAUUCCAGAACACAAAGUUUGCAACGAAUCCCAGGACAUAACGCUGGCAACAAAUCCCAGAACGGCUUCUGA